AGCUCCUCCUGCUUCAUCCCCGCCGCCGCCAUUUUACUGUGGUCUCGUCGUGCGUCUGCGGCAGUCAACGAACCCGGAUGGGAUCUUUCCAACAUUAUUCAACUUUUAAAUAUUUUUAAAAUACUGAAACUGUAGCUGUAGUGUCUUUCCAACACGGCGGGGCGUCGCUCGUAGUUCGUUCCUGCUAACUUUGGGCUACUUUUUUUUAUAACUCAACAAGAGCAUUGUCCUGUUCAUUAAGAUGGAAGCCAGAGCUGGACUUCAGGCGGAUCAUCAGUGUCGAACCAAGGCCUCCAUGUUUAGGAAAGAUAAACAACCCAGGACUCCAUACCACCAGGGAGACACCCUACCAGCAGUGCACUCAAGAGGGAGACAACUUCUCAGCCACCUCAGUGAACCAGCUGCUGGGUUUAAGGUCGUAACCUCACCAUCUCUGCCAAUCAAGACGCAGACCAGCAUUACUAUGACCAACCAUGGAGACGACUGCUACUUCUUUUACUAUUCCACCUGCGCCAAAGGAGACAGCUGCCCAUUCAGACACUGUGAGGCAGCUAUGGGAAGUGAGAUUGUCUGCAACCUCUGGCAGGAGGGACGCUGCUUCCGUACCGUCUGCAAGUUUCGCCACAUGGAGAUCACGAAAAACCGAAAGGAGAUAUCUUGUUAUUGGGAGAACCAGCCAGCCGGCUGCCAGAAGCCUUACUGUGCCUUCUUCCAUGAAAGGCCGCGCUGCAUCGAUGGCAUGUUUGUCCCACCUGAUAAAAGUCUAAGCAAAACAGAGGAACAGCCACAUGAAGAACCAGCCCCCUCGCCCGCUGCCCCUCUCCCCACAGCAGCCAAUCCACAGAUCAGAGGCGUCAUCAAGACAGAAGCUCAGGAGCCAGUACCAAGCCCCACCCACCCACCAGUGGUGAUUAAUCCAGCAGAUGAUGACGAGGAUGAAGAUGACCAGUUCUCAGAGGAGGGAGAGGACGGAAAGGUCGGUCCUUCUCCUAGGAAACUAGCUAAAUCAGAUGACUCGCUGAGCUUUGGAGUCAGCACCCUUGAGGAGAUUCGGCUGAGGAAGGCUCUGAAGGCCAGCAUGAAGAGAGCUGGUUACCCCAUCCAGAGUCCUGAUGCCUCGGCCAAUGGCGAGAAAGAAAACAUCCAGUCAUUGUUUCGACCAACUCUCUACGAGGCGGGAGAUGGCCCACUCAUCUUUGAAGAAACUGGAAGACCACGAGGGAGUUUGGCUGAAAGACUUGGAAGGAAGAUGCCCAACAACGAUGUGAUAUCUGGUGAAGGAGGCCCACUAAGAAGGGGUCUGGCUGGGCGUCUGGGCAGAGUUGUAGAUGAAGAAGAGCCAUUAAUGCCCCCUCAGAAAGCUUUGAAGCCUAUUAGGGACAGACUUGGAUUGCCGGUGUCUGUUGCUUCCACUCAACCAGAAGCUGAGACCGACAGGGCGCCAAAGAACGCUCCUGAGCAGAUUCGCAUCAAAACACUGGAGGAGAUCAGACAGGAGAAGGCUGCAAAGUCUCAGUCCCAGAGCCAGAAAGAAAAUCCUUCAGCCGUGGCUCCAGAAAUCAGCAAAACCAAAACCACCAAGGGUGUCAAGAGAGCCAUCACCAUCAGGGACGACUCCAUCAGCCACGUCAAGACAGUCUCGGAGAUCCCCCGUACCAAGAAGAAAAGGCAGGAAGAACAGGACCCCGACCCUAAGAAGAGCCAGGGAGAGUCUAACACAGCGGGUCCAGAUCCCGAGGCUACAAACGUGGGUCAGGUUAGAGUGAAGACACUGGAGGAGAUCCGCAAGGAGAAGGCAGCAAAGAUCCAGGCUCGGCAGACCCUGAAGGCUGAAAACAAGAAGAGCUCUGAUACUGAGAACGAUGCUAAGAAGCCUCGCCUGCUGCGCGUCAAGAAACUCAAAUCCCAAAGCAACGUCACAACAGAGAAGAGUACUGAAGUGACAGAGAAGCCGGUGAAAACUCCUGCUGCUCCUGAGACCACUGCCGCCACCAGUAACAAUGUCAAGGUCAAGACCUUUGAGGAGAUCAUGCGAAAACGCCUCCGCAAGCAGGAAAUGGAGGAGCAGGCCAGAGAGUCAGCAGAAGCAGAGCCUGCUCAAAAACACAGCGAUGAAGAAACCCUGAAGAGGAAGGUUCCUGCCAAAGUCAGCCUGACGUUCUCAGGCUCUUCAUCACCUUCCUCCACCACUGUGGCCCCUGACUCUACCCUUUCCACCAAAAAGCUCACCGUUGGUAAACCGAUCCUCCUCAAAUCCAAGGCUGCUUCCCCUCUGAACAGCACCACUCCUGGUGCGAGGGGCGCUGCCGCCAAAGCUGCGACCUCAGUCCCUGUGAAGCAGAGCUCUUCUUCAUCGGAGGCUGAGUCCGACUCACAGAGCCCCAGCCGCUCCAGGGAGGUCCCAGACAAAAACACAAGCAGUUCCACCGCACUGUCACCAGCCCAGCAGGACAGAGCGGCUCCUCAGGGUCCCGCUGCACAGGCCCGCCCUUCUAAUAAAACACUGAUAAAUAGUCACAAGACAUCUCCAGAACACUCUGCAGACACCAAAGUGAGGCCCAAGCUGAACGUGAAGCCGUCCGUCGUGAAGCCUGCAGUGCAGGUGAAGCCAGGUCAGAAGAGGAGGGGAGCGGAGCGAUCUGCUGUCGCUGCUGUCAAACCUCUGAACAGCGCCUCCACAGUGCUGGAGGAUCCACAGCAGGAGACGGGGUGCAGAGACAGACAGGAGUUCCCGUCCUCCAAUGCAGAAGCUCAGCUGAGUUCUGCUGUUCCCCGGAGUCCCAGCACCCUGUUGGACUCAGGCUCCGGCUGCAGCCCACUAAGAGAGGACCUCCAGACUGUCCCCGUCUUCAAACAGAGUCUGAGCCAAGACACCAAGCAGACCGUCAAUGUUGCUGCCGCCAGUGAGGCCUGUACAGUCCCCCAAAGCCCAGUCCCGAAGACCCCCACUCAGCCCAAGUCCCGCAGACUGAGCGUAGCCGGGACCCGCACCAUCUCCACCUCCAGCACUGCUGCCUCCACCUCAGCCAUGGACGACUUUGAGGAGCUCAUCAACGAGUUCACCGACGACCACCUGGAGGAAGACGUGGACCCUGGCAUCGGAGAGGACGACCUGCUGCAGGAGCUGUCCGAGAUGAUUGACAGCUGAGGGCCCCAUCCAGCACAGCAUACUACUCGCCCACAACCUUGUCUUGUUCACAAGAAGUGAAGACCCCCCCCCACUACAGAGUGUUAAGAAAAAAAAGAAUUUAUUUUAAGCUUUGGGUUCAUAUUUGUUUUACUUUACCUUUUAGACACAUCUUCUCUCCUUUUUCAUUUCCUGCCCAAAUGAUCAUCUGCUCACCCCAACAUCUUCUGCAGGGCUUAGAUUAUUGUUUUAUCAUGUCUGUUCAUGAUUAUAAACUUUUCAGGUCCUGAAAAGAGAAAGUGGAAAGACAAGCUUUGGUGCUGGGAGAUGUUAAGAACAUCAUCACUUCAGCAGGGGUCCUUGAGGACGUUAAAUCUUGAUGAACGUGUCUUUUAAGUCCUAUCUGUAUACUGUGUAUGCAAAGGGAAGAGCAAGCUGAGAACAGAAAUAAUGAAUCCUGCUGCACUUCAGGAGCCUGUAGUGCCCCAAUACUGCUUGUGUUUUUGUUUUUCUAUAUCUGAGUGGUUCAACGCUGCUAAUGCCCAGCUAGUUCCCAGAUUAUGACAGUUAACCCUAUCAAAAAUUUAAUUUAAAUGGUGACCCAGUCAGCAGAGCUCCGGUCAGAGUCUGAGGGGGAGUCACCAUGAAGUUAAUCAGUCAUGUUAUUGCCGGGGUCGUUCUAUUCAUCAGGUGUAUGGGGUUUAUAGAUUUCCCACUCAGAUCUCAUGGAGAGCACCUCCUGCCAGUGGCUGUUCGUUACUGUUUUUAUAAUGUUUGACGGAAAUGUACGUGUUUCUUUUAUUGAUAUAAACCAGAAUUCAGUGGGUAUCCCUUGAAACAACUGUUCUGGGAUAAAUGUGUGCGUGCUCUUUGGGCUUUGUUAAUGAACACCUCAGGUACUGUUUCUGAUGUUUCUAUGUUCCUAAUGUGACAAACACUGUGUUUGAACUCAACAACGCUGACUUUGGUUGUCCUCUUUUCUUUUGUGUUGGCAUUGGUUUAUGAAUGUGAUCCAAGAAAAGAUCAACUCAUUUUUUUGGACUUAAUACGUGUUGGCUCUGUCCUGACCUUUUCCAGCAAGCUUACUGUUCAAAGUCACUUGUACAUAUUACUGUGUAAUAAAAAAAUGCUUUUAAUGA